AUGCAGAGCGAAGUUGCCCAUCGUUUACUAAAAUCAUUGUACAAAUUGACAAACAAAAAGGAUGCCAACAAGCAGAUUGCUCAAAAGUACAGUCGCAUGAUGGCCUUGCAGAGUACAAUGCCCUAUCAACAGGAUUGUAUGGCUGAAAGGGCAGAAGCAGCAGUAUCUGGGCAUCUUCAAGAUACGCACUAUAUCUCAAAAUCACGAAAUACGCCAGUCCCUAUUUUUGCUUUUAUGCAAAAUGAUACUGAUCCUGCAAAGAAGAACUUUUUGCAUCUCCUCAAGAAUCACCUACUAGGCCGAUUGACUGGAAGAACAUUUGACGGCGACGACACAGAUUCUCUUUUUGAUGAUGAAGAUCGUAAUAAUCUUCGAUUUAUCAACAAUACAAUGUUUCGAGUUAAUACUAUGCGUACGUAUUAUACUACGUAUGACAUGCGACGGGCAUAUGACACCAUCAGCACACGAAGCCAUCCGUUUGUUAUGGUGCUAUCUCCAGAAACUGAACCAGGUGCCCAUCCCUUCUGGUAUGCGUCUGUGAUAGGUGUUUUUCAUGCAGAUGUUCAGCACACGGGGCCAAAAUCACGCGAUUGCAGCCCAAAGCGAGUGGAAUUUCUGUGGGUACGUUGGUUGGGGGUAGAACCUGGGUACAAAUCUGGUCGAAAACUAGCAUGUCUUCCCAAAAUCGGAUUUGUCGUAGAAGACGAUGAAUUUGCGUUUGGAUUUUUGGACCCUUCUUUGGUUGUUCGUGGAUGUCAUCUACUUCCAUCCUUUGUUGAUGGGCGGACCAAUGAAUUAUUGCACACAACAGGCCCAACUCAGGCCAGACCUCCCCAGGAAACUGAUGACUGGAUGAACUAUUAUGUCAACAUCUUUGUUGAUUGUGAUAUGCUAUCUCGAUAUCUCGGCAUUGGAAUCGGUCACCAAGAAGCCGCAGGAAGAAUUCAAUUGGAAGAGCCUUCCGACAUUGCAGAAGAACUUGAGGCAGCAGAAGAUGAUGGACCUAGGUGUCCCGAUGACAUGUCUGAUGACUCGGAGUCCGAUAAUGAAGAUAUUGAUAGUCUUUCGGCAAACGAGGACUUUGACAAUGACACUGGUGAUAACGACGAUCUUGGUUUUGAUGAUUUGUAA